AUGGGCAACGUUUGCUGCGGAGGAAACGAAGAGACCAAGGCGUCGGCGUUGGACGGACCGAGUCGACCAGACCACGACGUUACGGAUCAUGGUUCCGGGGCUUCCUCCUCUUUUCCCGGGCACACGGCUCUACCGGACCCGUCGACAGAAUCGACGAAUCUCGCGUCGUCCGCUCCCACGAGUACUCCACAAGAGCAAAAACUCGCUCAGGAGCAGCAGCGGGUGCAAGCCCGCGAGCAGGCGCGGCUCGCCUUGAUCGUCAACAAGACGGGACAAUCCAUGGUAGCGGUGCGCUCGACCCGCGGCUCCAACGCGUACUACGAUCAGGGAUUCGCCGCCGCACUGGCGCAACAUUUGGAACAAACGACGCGGUUUGCCGCUCAGGUGCCCUCCAGGUUGCCGCCCCCCAACGCACGUGAAUCCGUCUACGCCCGACUUACGGCGGCACCCUGGCAUGGAAUUCAACUGGGACCCAAGGACGGCUUGGCGGGCUGUGCCGGAGAAAAUCCGAAUACCUAUAUGGACCACGUUGCGGAAUCCUAUUUGGAUAGUGUCGUACCCAAGAAGGAAGGUUUUUCGAACGCGCGACCAAUUGUGGAGAACCUGUUAUAG